AUGUCGGAAAUCAGAUUAGGCACCGCUGCCUGUGUACUCCAAUUUCAGUCUCUCUCCAGCGGCCUCCAGGCCGGUGAUGACGCCGCUAGGGAACAUAUCAACCCUGAAGCACUCGAAGACGAGCAUGGCCGCUUCCGGGUCUGGUCUGGGAAUCUCGGAGCCCUCCAGAAAGGGCACAGCUCCUUGGAUUACCGUCUCCGCGACUCGCCACUGCUGCAAACCAACAUACUGAAGCUGCUCGAAGAACUCAGGACUAAUCUUUCGGAGGCCCUCGCCGUGGUCUCUGGUAGCCGCUUGCCUUACGAGAAGCUAGCUAAAUAUGAGAGCGAAGAUGAAGAUGAUGACUGGAGCCAGAACGAGGAAGACAGCGACGAUGGCGAUGACGGAUCAACUCCAAAGUCAGAGCUUGCGCAGAGAUUCCUCGACAUUGUUGAUAUCAUCGACAAUCUGUACAAGCUUUCCGUCAGGAUUCGGUCUCCCACACUUCGUUCCAGGUCUUUGAAAGCUGCAUCUUUUAGACCAACGGAUCCGGACACUGGCAUCGAUACCUUUGAGCAAUAUGCGCUUUUUGAUGAGAAGCACACGCGGGAGCUGCUCACAAACUUCCGCCAAUCUACUUCGGAUGCGGCAGACCCAGCUGAUGAAUACCUCGUCGAACGCUUGAGUAAAGCCAUCACUCUCAGAAGGCGUCAGUUUAAGUACUGGCGGAGACAUAGAGACAAACUUGGUGCAUCAUCUACCUUUGCUGAUGCUAUGCUGGUGCCAGCGCCAGUAACCCCAGAUUUCUUGAGCCCCCAAACCACGCCGGAGGACAGCCAAGCAAAGCCGGAGACCGUUCAAAACACCCCUUUGACACAGAGCAAAUGGGCUCCAAAGUCCAUGCUGUCAGGUACAGAGGCUACUCAGCACCACCGCUCUCUCGAUGAGAUAGUAGACAGUCAAUCAGUAACUUCUUACGCUACUACCACGCGAGACCUAACGGGGCAUGGUAUUGAGCUUCCUCCUCCUCCAAAACAAGCCAUCGAAGAUCGAGACUUCGAGUGUCCUUACUGCUACAUCAUUUGUCCGGCUCGGUAUGGCAGAGGCCGCGCUUGGAGAACCCAUCUCCUACAAGAUCUGCAACCAUAUGUUUGCACUUACGAAGAUUGCCCCAUCGGAGACCAGCUCUUCCGGAGCCGCCGUGAAUGGAUUGAACAUGAAGCUGGCCACAGAAAGCUAUGGCGAUGCCCGGAGCACAAGAAUUCCAUCUACAAAUCCAGCAGCGGGCUUGAAGAGCACCUCCACGCCGAGCACCCAGGAAGUUUUCCAGACGAUCAGAUCAAAAGCAUCUUGAGGGUUGGAGAAACAUCCUCCAUUGACUUACGUCCGAAGUGUCCAUUGUGCCGAGCUGAUGCGACUAUGGAGGGCGGUCUGCAAAACCACAUUGCCAACCACCUGGAGCGAUUUGCUGCGUUUGCCCUCCCCAAGGACGUCGAUACAGCGGAAGACCAUUCAGAUGGAGGGAGUGGUGUUGCGUCACGCGGGAGAAGUGAAGCGUACAGCGCCUCACAAGACCUCAGUGUCGAUUCUGAAGAUGAAGAACCAGUUGAUUGGGGUUUCUUCGAGGCAAAUAAUCGAUCUGACGAUUUAUCGUCCAAGAUAGAACGACUUGCUGGCAAGGUUGGGUCUCUAGACGCACAAUCACCAGAACGGCAACCAGGAACUGCGCUCUUUAGUGAUCUGCUGCAUCGCCUUCCCGAUACCAGAGGUCAGAGAAUGGAUGUCUUCCUGUCCUCGGGCGGACUAGACUCAGACGAACCUCCUCUCCGAGCCGAGAAAACGACACCAGACCCGGAUGUCUCAAAUCUAGACACGGCGGCGAAAACGCUCACUGCCAGACUGCAUUUUGCAGACCUACCCCAAAGUAGUAGCGAUCUACAGGCCGGUCUGUUGCAGCAAUUCUUCGAGUCGCGCCCUGGCUACCGAUCGAUGUCUGGUCUGAAAUUCACCGAGGAUAAAUGCAGCGGACACGCAAGAUUCACAGACAUCAUGUCAGCGACGAACGCAUUGGAAGCCAUAGACGAAUCUAAGUUCCCAGGGGUAGUUUUCAGUGUAGAAGAGAACAUCGGGCCCACUACUCGCUUUGCAGAGUUUGCCACGUUGAUUUCCGAAUUACCAGAUCAAGUAGAUGACAAUUCAGAUUCGUUGUUCAGCGUCAAGCCUCAACGACGCAACCAAGUCGAGCAUGGGUCUGCUUCUGGCCCUCCAGUUAGAAAUUUGAAGGGGAUCACGACGCUUUCAGAUAUUCCUACGCUUCAGCAACUCUACACUGGCAAACAUCUUCCACGUCAUAGUCUUCAAGGGAAUCGAAACGAAAUGCUUAACAACACGAUUAGCCUCGUUUUCAAGGAUAUAACUACGCUACAAGUAGAUGCAAUCGUCAACGCUGUCGGCCGUAACAUGGCCAAAGUCGGCUCAGACCUCAGUCGCCUAGUACACAAGAUCGCAGGUCCAGAAUUACAGAAAGAGGUGGACUCGAUUAAACGCCUUCGAUCCACAGGCGAGGUGGUGAUGACCGAUGCGUAUAAUCUUCCGUGCAAAAAGAUUAUCCAUGCCGUGAGGCCGCACUAUGCAUUCACAAUGGGAAAAGUCUCUAAUGGUCUUCUUGCGGAAUGCUACAGGCGCGCUUUGGAAACGGCCGAGCAGAACCAGCUGAGGACUAUUGCGUUCCCAACGCUUAGUGCCGGCGGAUUCGGGUUUCCUCCGUCGAGAGCCGCGACGGUGGCUAUUCGGACGGUAAGGGAGUAUUUGGACAGUGGGAAGGGAGUUUUGUUCGAUCGGAUCAUCUUCUGUGUUUUCACAGAGCGAGACUGGCAGACAUAUUGGGAUAAUUUGCCGAUUUUCUUUCCUUCCACAUCGGAAUCUUCCAUAACCCCGUUAGCGGAGCCGUCAGGUAUCUCCGGAAGUGAGAACACCAUUGCUUCAACCGGCCCAAUCUCCACAAGCAACAUCAAACCUUACCUGGAACAUCGAUAUUCGGCGUAUGUAUGGGAACUAAAAGAACUGCAUGAACAGAUUGAAGGCAUUGCAGAAGACCUCGUGGUCUUCCGCGACAGAGUCCCUGACUUCCAAGAGACUAUCAUCAGAGAAUUAGUUUUCAUAGCUUCAACACUGGCAGAGCUAGAGAAACUUUUCGAGGGUUCUUCGACUAUCCACAGCAUGACAGAACAAAGAGCAGCUGAUCUUGAUCUGAUCUGUUGCGUUCUACGAAACGUCGCUGGUGGCGUUCAUGAGAUUGUCAUGCAGACAACGUAUACCAGGAAUGUUGGCACUCCGACGCACAAAGAUAUUUGGGAAAGCUACAUCUUCCAUCUGAUGAAUGCUCAGGGCCUUACGUUCGUUGAGCUUACAGAACUUUGCGGAAAUUUCCUUCAAAGUCUUUCCGAUAUUCUCAAAUUAAAUGGAAGAGAGCCCAAUGACAUGGGUUUACUUCGGGACAAAUUAUCUCGUUACCGCCUCAAUCAGUCCGGAGGGGUUGUCCAACACGUCCCCACGAAGGUAUUCGAUGAAGCGCUGCUUGCCCGAGGAUUUAGCGCUGAGGCUUGGGAGAGCAAGGGGCAUCAAACUAAUCUACUCAGGGCGAGCGACAUCCCUUCCCUGAGCCGCCUAUACCAGCUGGGAGAACUGGAGGAAAACGUAUCCACGAGCGUCACACCAAGCGGCCACGCCAAUAGCACAGUAUGCUUCAUCAAACACGACAUUACUCGUCUCCAUGUCGAUGCCAUUGUCAACUCAACUGAUAUGGCAUUCUCCGGGCUUGGUACCCUUGAUCGGGCGAUAUUCAAGGCUGGCGGGCUGACAAUGCAAGAAGACUGCUCUAAGUUCGGCAUGCUAAGGGAAGGCGGCGUUCGACACACUCAGGGAUACUUGCUUCCAUGCAGACACGUCAUACACACUGUGCCGCCAGAAUUCUUCAAUGAUAAGUCAAUGCCACUGUUACGACAGUGCUACCAAAAUGCUCUCAAGAUGGCUGUCGAUAUUGGGGCUCGGACCAUUGCUUUUCCCGCCCUUGGAGCAGGGGAACUUCGAUACCCAAGUGAAUCGGCUGAGGUCGGGAUGGCUGAGGUUCGAAAAUUUCUGGACGAGAACAGGAUUACCAGAAUUGAGAAAAUCAUCUUCUGCGUGUACGGAGAUUAUGAGCAAACUACAUACAAGAAACUGCUUCCGCAAUUCUUCCCUCCAAUUGAUCACAACGCAAACGAGGCUUUGGCCAUGAUUGGCGCCGAAAAUAUAGUAAAACAGCAGCUCGAAUCAAUUGGAAGCACUCCAAUCCAAAUACCCAGUAGAAACCGUGAGGAUUCUAAAAGCAGCAUUGGAAUAGCUGCAGGGAAGUACGAACGGCAGAGGAGCGUCAAGUUCUCGCAGUCUCCAAGCGCGAUUCCGCCACGCCCGCUUGAUCCUGACGAAAUAGAAGCCAUUGAAAGAUUCGAAGCACACGCAGCCAGCUGUGAUCAAUGCCAGGACCCAAUCCACGUCUACCGCACCUAUGGAAGCCUCUGCGGAGAAGGAACUCGUCUGGCAGAAAACGUAGCUGAGCUUCUGUUCAUUGAAUCAGGUGGCAACGUCUACAAUACGGCUCUGAAACACGGCCAUCGGGUCGAGGUUGAAUUCCCAGAGGCUUACGGAGUGACCAAGCGGCUGCUCAGAGCGAUAAAUGAAAACAUCCGCGAACCGGGCAGGGGUUCCUUCGUCAAAACAUGGUAUACUCCAACGCCUCAAAGCGACUCCGAAGACCCGCAGUGGAAAGAAUCUCCGACGAAGGAGGACGCCCCGCCAGAGGUGUGGAGUAAAGACCGGGACUCAUUUCAAGCCGUCAAUUAUGGCAGCGAGCCAUUGGCAACACAAUAUCCAUUCGCAUCGGAUGCAGAUACUAAAGAAGGUCCAAAGAAGGCAAGCGACCAGUCCACAGCCCGGGAGACCCAGACAAGAUUCUCCGAUCUCCCACAUGAGCAACUAGGCAGCGCUGAGUCCCACGCCAACAGUCGUGGAAGCUUUCCAACCGAGCUUAUAGAGGGGCAUUACUCGUAUACCGAUCCCGCCGGGAUGUAUAGAGAUACAGAGCCAGCCUGGCGGGAAGCUAAACAGCCUACGGACCUCAAGCCCUCUGAUCCUGACACCAAGAAAUCCGGGUCCCUAGCAAUACCUGCCAGCGGAGCCCAAAAGAGUAUCCUACGUCCCCCUACCUCAAAGUUCCCAGAAGACACCAACGUGAUACGAGAAGGUGCUGCUCUAAGGAAGGGCGCAGACCCUAAGGGAAUACCUGCUGGAGCCCGGUGGACCAAAAUCGACCGACGCCUAGUCAACCCCGAAGCGUUGGAGCAGGCGAAAGAGCGCUUCGAAGAACGCAUCGACUCCGUCGUCGUUCUACGCGUGCUAACGAAGGAGGAGAUCCAAGCGCUAGCAACUCGUACAGAGCAGAUCCGGGAGUCGAGAACGGACGAGUGGCUUGAGAAGCGUCAGGAAGCAAGACGGGGGUCCUUUGACGAACUCUCCAAGCCCGGGAAAAUGCAGGUUACACCGGCUGCGCGGUGGACUAAGCUUGAUCGGAAACUCGUUAGUCCUGAGGCACUGAAGGAAGCUGGCGAGGAGUUCGAGGAGCGUAUAGAUUCUCUUAUUGUACAGCGUGCCUUGAGCACAGAGGAAAUUGAUGAGCUUGCGAAUCGUACGAGGAGGAUCCGGGACGCGAGACCGGCGGCUUUCACGAUUGAAGCGCCUUCGCAGCGCUCAUCAGUACAGCUUCCAGAAGAGCCAUCUCAGCCUCAGACCCCCACGGCCCCCUCUCGCUCGUCGACAUCGUCGCCGCAUGGCCUACCUGAGAGCUAUAUCAACCAAGUUAAAGCAGAAUACGCAGAUCAGCCCGAUGUUGUCGAGCGUUUCCAGCAGGUGCUAAGAGAUUUCCGGAGCGGACGGAUCGAUUCGCCUGGUGCUUUGUAUUGGAUCUCUAGCCUUUUCGAGGGAAAGCCGGACUUGAUUCGGGGUUUCAAUAUCUUCUUGCCGCCUGGAUAUAAGACUGAGGAGCCGUAGUUGAUGUGUAUAUUUACUGCCCACGAUGGUGCAGUACCAAGACAUAAGUUUGGGCACUCCAUGCAACUGGCUUGGGUAGAAUACCCCGACACGCUUUGUCAACUACAAAUACGAUGUAAAGAUCAACGCAGUGCAAAAUUAGACUACCUUUUGACUACCU